AGUAGCAACAGCUGGGACACCCUCCCCUGCAUGCAGGCUGGGCGGGCGCUGACUGCAAACCCCUCUCUGUCCUUAACCCUGUGUGCCCUCUCUGCGCUGACAUUGGAGGUUGACACCUUCUCUUGCUCCCAUGUGUUUGCUUCCAUGCCCUGUGGGUCUGAAUGCCGCUGCCUGUCACCAGCCUCUUCCAGACUGGCUUUGUUUCCCAACAUUUCGCACUGGCAGCAAGGGAGGAGAAAAGCUGCACUUGUGCGAAAUAUCCCACUGAAGAGCUCCAGCUCCUGGAAUAGAUACCCCUAGCUACAGCCGAGGAGAAGCAGGUCAUACUGCCAGCUAAAGACUGUGCCAACCAGACCCUGGGACACACUAAAGGACAAGACAGAAGUGCCAUGUGUUGCUCCUGGGAGCAUGCCGUGUUCCUGCGGAUUGUAACGUGAAUCCAAGACUGGAUCCCGAUGUGAUUCCUCAGCGUUCCCAAAUGAUUACCUUCUGUUCAGCAAGUAUUCCCCAUCGCGCCUGGAAAAAUUGUAACAGAACGGGAUAAUUUGUGUCCUGUGUGACCCAGCUGUAAGGCGAGAAAGCUGAUCCCGCAAGCCAUUCUAUUGGAAUGCAUUGUGCCCUGCUCCGAACAGACAGCUGGAUAUAAAGUCGUGUGUCUAUAUCCGCUGCACCCCUCCUCUUGUCCUGACAGUUGUUGUCUUGUGCCCUGUGCACCAGUGUGGCUGGCCCUGAGGAUGUCCCGCUGGCUCGUAACCCUUUCCUGUCUGUGGCAGAUGCUGCUGGGGAUGGUUGCCACCUUGGAGAUGGGCUUAUAUGAUGUGGAAAGGGGACGAGAAGCAAAAUGUGAGCCCAUUCAAAUACCUAUGUGCCAGGGCAUUGGCUACAACAUGACGAGAAUGCCCAACUAUGUCGGCCACGAGUCUCAGGCUGAGGCGGCGGUGAAGCUUCUGGAGUUUGCCCCGCUUGUGGAGUAUGGGUGUCACGUACACCUUCGCUUUUUUCUCUGUUCCCUUUAUGCUCCCAUGUGCACCGAGCAGGUGUCCACUUCUAUCCCUGCCUGUAAGCCUAUGUGCGAAAUUGCACGGCAGAAGUGUUCCCCCAUAAUGAAGAGCUUUAAUUUUGGAUGGCCAGAGUCUUUGGACUGUGACCGCCUACCCAGUAAAAAUGACCCAAAUGCACUGUGCAUGGAGGCUCCUGAAAAUGCUACUAACGGGGACCCUCAAACCAAUGGCCACAACAUACUUCCCAUAGGUCCACUGCCAACACGUCCAUCUGGUCCUGGGAUCGGUAUACCUAGUCGCUGCACCAAUCCUGACAAAUUCCUGUUUGUGGAGAGGAGUGGGGUGUGUGCCCCAAGGUGCACGCCUGGUGUGGAUGUCUACUGGUCUUCAAGCGAUAAGGACUUUGCCCUGGUGUGGAUGGCAGCAUGGUCUGGUCUUUGCUUUAUUUCCACCGCCUUCACUGUGCUGACAUUUUUAUUACAUCCUCAGCGCUUCCAGUAUCCCGAGAGGCCAAUUAUUUUCCUCAGUAUGUGUUACAAUGUCUACUCCACUGCAUUUCUCAUCCGUGCUGCUGCUGGGGCCCCUAGUAUUGCCUGUGACCGUGAAGGUGGCGCCCCCUACCUGAUCAGAGAGGGCCUGGAAAGCAGUGGGUGCACACUUGUCUUCCUUAUAUUAUACUAUUUCGGCAUGGCCAGCUCACUGUGGUGGGUGGUUUUAACCCUCACUUGGUUCCUAGCAGCAAGUAAAAAGUGGGGUCAUGAGGCCAUUGAAUCCCACGGUAGUUACUUUCACCUUGCCGCUUGGGGUAUUCCAGCUGUAAAGACUAUCAUUAUACUCACAAUGAGGAAAGUUGGUGGAGAUGAGCUUACUGGACUAUGCUAUGUUGGUGGCUCAGAUCCCAGUGCCCUGACAGGAUUUGUUCUUGUGCCUCUUUCGUGCUAUUUGGUGACAGGCACCUCGUUUCUGUUAACAGGCUUUGUGGCUCUCUUCCACAUCAGACGUGUCAUGAAAACCGGGGGAACCAACACAGAGAAACUGGAGAAACUGAUGGUUAAGAUAGGAGUCUUCUCCAUCCUUUAUACAGUCCCUGCCACCUGCAUCAUUGUGUGCUGCUUCUACGAGCGUCUUAAUUUGGCUCACUGGGAAGCCCGGGCGAGGGAAGAGCCCUGCAGGACAGCUUCUGGAAGUGGCAGGCCAGACUGUACUUUGCCUGCGUCCAUCCCCAGUGUAGCAGUCUUCAUGCUUAAGAUAUUCAUGUCACUAGCUGUGGGUAUAACUAGUGGUGUGUGGGUAUGGAGUUCAAAGACUCUACAAGCCUGGCAAGGAAUCCUGUGCCAGCGUCGGCUUGGGGUGGUGGGAACCAGGACUCGAGGGAAGCCUCAAACAGGAGGAGGCAUUGCUUGCAGUUUAGGAAGCUGCCCUUACAAGCCCCCACCACUUACUCUUCAGGUGGCUAAAACAGAUCUUUUUACGGACUGCCCAACCCAUGUGUGAACCUCAAGAUGAAAAGGGGGGGUCUAAUAAGAAGAUCUCUAUAUUUCCAUCUGCAGAAAGCAUGUAUGGACACAAUGCAGGUGACUUUGAUCAGCUCCUGAUAUGAGAGCCUAUUGAGUGGGACAAAUGAAUGCUUGAGGAAACCUGACCUACACAUUUCUAAGCAGAGGCAUAAUAUAUUUUGGUGACACAUACAGGGAAACUGUUCAUGCGCCAGCCAUAGAGACAUUAAAGAGGUGUACUGUAUCAAAGACCUCUUUAGGCUGCUUUACGUGAACACUGAGCCUUUUAGCAGAUGUUUUGAGAGCUCAGCCCCCCUCCCUGCAAGCACAACAGAAGCAGAACUGACACUGAACGCUGCCUACUUGGCUUAUCCAGUCUAUCUCGCCAUCUCCGGGGGGUGCAGGAUCCAGCUCUGUUAACGUCAUGGUGGGCAUUAUUGCUGCUUGCAGAUGUAGCGCUAUUCGUUGCUACAUUGUUCUGAGGUCAUCAGCAUCCAGAACCUAUUGAGGAUAACCCACAUUGGUGUUUAUAUCAGGCUGUACUUCAUUUGUGCUCAGGGCCCUGGUUUACCAGAUGUCUGUCUCCGCUGUAAGCACAAAGUUAAAGGGGUUGUCUCACUUCCGCAAAUGGCAUUUGGCAUGUAGACAAAGUUAAUACAAGGCGCUUACUAAUGUAUUGUGAUUGUCCAUAUUGUCUCCUUUGCUGGCUGGAUUCAUUUUCCCAUCACAUUAUACACUGCUCGUAUCCAGGGGGUUAUGGCCUUCGCUGCAGUACAGAUACCAGGUGGCCAGGACGGGAGCUGCUGAGCAUGCGCGCCUAUGCGCGCUCUCACAAUCUCGGCCGCCAGAGAUGCUGCCACUUUUUCCUGUAGUGUGCAAGCAUGACCACCGCUACUGGAUUGUAAAGUGGUCAUAACCAUGGAAAGGAGAAGUGUAUAAUGUGAUGGAAAAAUGAAUCAAGCCAGAAAAGGAGGCAAUAUGGACAAUCACAAUACAUUAGUAAGUGUCUUGUAUUAACUUUGUCUACAGGAUAAAUGCCAUUUGCUGAAGUGACACAACCCCUUUAAGAGUUUCCAAAAGUUCUAAAACUAUAAGGGAAUUGUUGCUGGUAGUGCACUGCUAUGAAUAGUUGACUAUUGGCCCAUCAGUAAAAUUAUCGGUUUAGUUCAGACUUUGAAUGCAAAGAUUUAUAGGAAAUGUUUACUGACGUUUUCCAUGUAACGGUUCCAUGAAUUGGCUUUUACAGCAUUUCAUUUUCACCGCACCGCUGGCAUGUGUGCCAACUGUUGGUAAUUUCUGACUAGUCCCUGAACGGAUCUCUCUUACUGAAUUCACCUAGUGAACAGUAUAAAUGCUCUCUCUCUGUAGAUGAUGGCACUUGUCUUAGUUUAUUUAUAAACCCUCUGUCUAUUAUAUUAUUAUUAUUAUUUCUGAUCCAAAGAGUAUUACAAAUACUAUAAAUUACAAUGCUAUAAAUAAUAGCCCUGGUUAUGGAAACAAAACGGGAAAGCAUUGUUUGCACAGAUGCCCAAAGUCUUUUAUAUUCUAGAUCAGGGGUAGGCAACCUACGGCACUCCAGCUGUUGUGAAACUACAACUCCCAGCAUGCCUACUUGUUCUGCUCAUCUAAGAACUCACAUAGAAAUGAAUGGAGCAUGCUGGGAAUUGUAGUUUUGCAACAGCUGUAGUUCCGAAGGUUGCUGAUCCCUGUUCUAGAUCGAUAUUUUUGGACCCUGACGGUUAAUAUACAAUGUCAAUGUCUUUCAAUCUAGAAGAUGUUCAUAUUUGCGAGAAGACAUUAUACAGAAUAGUAAUACUAAUAUGGCUAGUACUUUAUUCUGUAUAAUGACAUUUAUAUAAAUUUAGUAUAGUAACAUUUUCUAUGGAAUGUUUCUGCAGCUACAACCCCCAUCAUCCCCCAUCCCGUUCACAUUUUGGACAGGCACAAGGUGUGCGCCGCUCUUGUCCAUAGGCCGUGUCCGGUAUUGCAGCUGAUCCCCUUUUGGUGAGGCUGAAGUGCAAUAUUAGACACAGGCCACAGGCAAGGGAGGAAAGAAAAGAAUGUUUUUUUCUAAUCUCAGUUAAAUCUUUUCAUAAAUUAUUGCAAAGGUUUGAAUCAUUCUUAUGAAAUCUAUUCGCUCAUGUCCUAUAUGGUCAAUUUUGUUUUUAGCAAUGCAGCCAAACUGUAUUAUUACAGGAUCAAGGAAAGUAUGCACAUGCAGUUAUGAAGGGCUGAGAGUCCGUACAAAGCUAUGGAAGCUGUCAGACUUUUCCUAGCUCAUUAGGAAUCCUUGUCUCUAUGACGUACAGAUGCCCUCUACAGCCCGUUCAUUACAGGGCAUUCAGUGCAAUGAAUCCUGCGUGGCUAUGGUGUGUGGUGAUUGAAGUGAGGUUCUUUAGAUGGUUUGCAAGGAAACAAAAGUUCAAAGUUUGAGUUGUUAUAAAGUUUAUUUUUUGCUUUAGUACAAAAUUUGUGGAGGAGAUUUACUAAAGGUGGUGAACUUGCUGUGUGGUAUGCCAGUCAGAUUCUAAAUUCUGGCAUAUGCCAUAUCCCCCCAAAAACAUCUACUGCUGCCUAAUAUAGCACACCUUUCCGGUUACAUGGCGAUCUUGGGCAUGGAUUGCAGUGUGGCAGUGCAGCCAGAGAAAUGAAUAGGGUCACAGCGCGACUUGCAAGUUAUUGCGACCCCAGAAUCGCGAAAUAAAAUCCAUCAGGGUUGGAUUUUUUUGCAAUUCUGGUAUUGCUGCGACCUUCUUCAUUUCUAUGGCUGCACUGCUGCACACCCAAGAUCGCUGUGAGCCCCAACCUAAACCUUUGGCAGGUCAAUCGCCAGUGAUACAUCUGGGAAGCAAUACCUCUUGCACCAAUUCAAACUAAAUGAUUGUAUAUUUGUGCAGACCUCAAUACUAGUAAAGCUGCUCCUCUGUGCCACGGUGUAAGUGAUGUCUAAUGAUGGUGAGAGUGAUAUCUGUGGUUUGCAUAGGACUUCAUGUAGACCUAUUUCCUUUCCUUUUCACAAACAUUAUAGUCCAGAAAUAACACAUUCGACCCUGCUAGAUCUCCGUUUGGUGAGCAUUACCAGUAUACAAGAAAUCAUUCCGAACAGGAAUAGAUUCAAUUGCUUUAGACACAAAAGAAGCGACGUAGGCCGAGUUUACUUCUUAGUUUAGCUUUUCGUUCUUUCGUCAAUUUGUGUCACUUCAGUCAGAAAUCGAUUAUUUUUGAUGGGGAAAAAAAGUACUGCAUGCACAAAUAAUUGAUCUCUGAUGGAAGUGACAAAAAACUGAUCGUAACUGAUUCUCAAAAUAACGGAUCCAUUUUUUUUUCUGUUCUUCAGAUGGUUCAGAACUAGGGAUGAGCGAAUCGACUGAAACAUCCGAAGUCGAUUUGCAUAAAAUGUUGUUUCAAUACUGUAUGGAGCGAGU